GAUCCUCCUAGCGAUUGGGAGGCGGAUCCUCCUGGCGAUUGGGAGGUGGAUCCUCCUAGCGAUUGGGAGGCGGAUCCUCCUAGCGAUUGGGAGGCGGAUCCUCCUGGCGAUUGGGAGGCGGAUCCUCCUAGCGAUUGGGAGGCUGAUCCUCCUGGUGAUUGGGAGGCGGAUCCUCCUGGCGAUUGGGAGGCGGAUCCUCCUAGCGAUUGGGAGGCGGAUCCUCCUAGCGAUUGGGAGGCGGAUCCUCCUGGCGAUUGGGAGGCGGAUCCUCCUAGCGAUUGGGAGGCGGAUCCUCCUGGCGAUUGGGAGGCGGAUCCUCCUGGCGAUUGGGAGGCUGAUCCUCCUAGCGAUUGGGAGGCUGAUCCUCCUAGCGAUUGGGAGGCUGAUCCUCCUAGCGAUUGGGAGGCUGAUCCUCCUGGCGAUUGGGAGGCUGAUCCUCCUAGCGACUGGGAGGGACGGCACCCCUAG